GCCUCUGCAUUUUUGUCUGUCUGAAUGCUACAGCAGCACGGGGGGGAAAAAAGAUUCAGGAUAAGGCAAAAAAAAAAAAAAAACUGGAGAAAUGUGACAAUCCAACGGUCAUUUUCAUGGCGAGGGGGAAACUGGUGCGAAAGGAGUUAUUCUGGGACUCCUUUGAGCCUCGAAACGCUGGAUCAAAAUGCUCAUAGUGGAGAAAACCACAGACUUCCCCUCUGCUGAGUUCUCUCUAGUGGAGGAUGUGGCUCUGCACUUUACCUGUUUGAUGGACAGGCUGAAUGAGCAGCGCCUCUUCCAGCCUGACCUGUGUGACGUUGACAUUGUUCUUGUGCGUCAGCACAGCACCUUUCCGGCCCACAAGGGUGUGCUGGCAGCUUACAGCCCUUUCUUCCACUCGCUUUUUGCCCAAAGCAAACAGCUGCGGCGGGUGGACCUGUCGCUGGAUGCCCUGACCUCUCAGGGCCUUCAGCAAAUCCUCAACUUCAUUUACACCUCCAAACUGCUGGUGAGCAGCCGCACUGUCCGCGACGUGCUCAACGCCGCUACCCUCCUUCAGAUGAGCGACAUCGCAGCCUCCUGUCACGACCUUAUCAGCAGCCACUCGCUGAGAACCACCUGCACAGAUAUGGCCAAUCAAGAAGGGCAUGCCAGCAGUGAGCCGGCUUCUGUAGCGAUGCCCCCCAGCCAGAUGUACCGCGAGAUCAAACAGGAGUCAGAGCUCGGCAGGGUGUACACGAGAGAAGGAAACAGCCCUUUUUCUGUCAGAGUAGAAGAGACAGGCAAGACGGCUUCUCAGGCAAAGCAGUACUACCAGAAGGAAGAAGGCUCGGGAAGCGGGGCCGGCACAGGUGUGGCUGGUUUGUGUAAAGUGGAAGGAAAUGGAGAGGAGUCAAAGACAGCAGAUGGCCACGCCUCCUUCAACAGAGAUCAGAUCAUCGUCGAAGUCAACCUUAAUAACCAGACUCUUAACGUCUCAAAGGGAUCAGAGGGCAAAUCGGCCACUUCUACAGAGACUUCCACCAUGUUUGGCCGCUGCCGUAACAACCAGCAAGAUUCAGAGUGCGAUGAAGAUAAUGAAGUGGAGAACGAUGAUGCAGAUGGAGAAGAGGAUGUGGAAGAUUUGAAGAGGGGUGACAUAUUGGGGCAAAGUAGUGAAGAGGAAGAUGAGGAGGAGGAUGAAGAAGAAGAGGAAAACACCCUCAACAUUCCAGGCUUGGAGCAGCCAGCCAUGAUGGAUCGACCUCGUCGGGGCACCAGAGCCUUGGCUAUGGCUGGUACCACUGCCUCUCUGCGGCAGACGCUUGCAGAAGCCACGCUGGCCAACCAGCGGCAGGGUGGGAAGAGGGCGCUGGACCUGGAGGGCCUGGGCCAAAAAGUGAGGCUGGAGGAGAAGCAACAUUACCCAUGUAAAAAGUGUCCUCGCAUCUUCAACAAUCGCUGGUACCUAGAAAAACACAUGAACGUCACUCACAACCGCAUGCAAAUCUGCAAUAACUGCGGAAAACGCUUCCUGCUAGAGAGCGAGCUGCUGCUGCAUCAACAGACUGACUGUGAGAAAAGCAUCCAGUGUGUGACCUGUGGCAAAGCCUUCAAGAAGCUGUGGUCGUUGCACGAGCACAACAAGAUCGUCCAUGGCUACGCCGAGAAGAAGUUCUCCUGCGAGAUCUGUGAGAAGAAGUUUUACACGAUGGCCCAUGUCAGGAAGCACAUGGUCGCCCAUACGAAGGACAUGCCAUUCACCUGUGAAACGUGUGGGAAAUCAUUCAAGCGCAGCAUGUCCCUGAAGGUUCACUCUCUACAGCACUCAGGAGAGAAACCCUUCAAGUGUGAGAACUGCAGCGAGCGCUUCCAGUACAAAUACCAGCUCCGCUCCCAUAUGAGCAUCCACAUCGGACACAAGCAGUUCAUGUGCCAGUGGUGCGGAAAGGACUUCAACAUGAAACAGUACUUCGAUGAACACAUGAAAACACACACUGGAGAAAAGCCGUACAUCUGUGAAAUCUGUGGGAAGAGCUUCACGAGCCGGCCCAACAUGAAGCGCCACCGCCGCACCCACACCGGAGAAAAGCCAUACCCGUGUGAGGUGUGCGGCCAGCGUUUCCGCUUCUCAAACAUGCUCAAGGCCCACAGGGAGAAGUGCUUCCGCGUCACCAACCCCAUGGUUCCCGACGGCAACGGUGACCCCCUGGGCCUCGACCGGCCCUUGGCGCCACCCGCUGCGGACUCUUCCGGUCAGGCCCAGCUGGGCACGGCACUCCCUGCCACGUCCGUGACUACACCCGCUGCUGCCUCUAGCCCCCACCCCCUCCACGGCACCCAGCUGUCCCUCCCCCUGCUGCACUCCAUGGGGGGGCUGCCUCCCACCCCGCAUUUACCCCCGCCGCCUCCACUGUUUUCUGCUGGUAGGAUGAACUCCAACAACUAACAAAUCUCUGUAGCAUUGAAAGCACUUUGUUACUUUUUGUUUUAUUGUUUUUCUUUGAGCUUUUAAGAGGACUCCUGCAGAGGGAGAGUGAUGCGCCUCAGUGACAUUUACACAGAGGGGAAGAACAGAAAAAAAUGCUACAUGGAGGCCUCGUCAAAAAAAGAAAAAAAGGAGAAAAAAAAGAACAAAGAACACACACACAUACAGCUACCACAGUAAUAAAUAAUAAUUUUUUACUCUGUUGAAUACAAUAGAUAACCUCAGAGUCCAGUAGGACGUUUCACCGUUACUUUUCGACUCAUAAAUUUCACAGAUGUGUCCUGGUUUCAUUUGAGAUUUUUUCUGACAACCCGCCUCUCUCCAGAGCCUUGCACAAUGUAUUGAUUGUAGCAUCUUUUACGAAAUGGGAGGAAGCGCUUCCUAAAUCUCCACUCAUACUGGGGUCAUGAGUCGAGGGAGAACCACGUGGUAACGAGAAGAAAUGAUUUAUUUUUUGUUCUCGGCCAAGAUGUAGCGAGCGGUUCUGGUCAGACCCAGCAAUAACCAAAUGCUGAUUUGUCUUUGAGCGUAUACAUGUAUAUGGCGUUGCCAAUAACCAAAUCCUGUUAGCUCACCUGCUAUAGUUAAGUAAUGUAAUUCAGCAUUUAUAAUCGAUCCUGCACCUUACAUUUAACUCCAGUGAUAUUUAAAGUGUACUCCUAACCGUCUUCGUUUUUAUUAUUGUGAAUAGUGUGUAAUUCGUGGCACGUUACGUCAUUUAUUUUUAUUUUUUUCUAAGGACUUAAGGAGAAGUCGUGGCGCGUGGAGAGUCGGCCGUGCAAUGCAGCGUGUGGUGUUCGUGAUGGUGUGUGUGCGUGUUUGAGAUGUGAGGCAGAGACUUGAGAUAACAAUCCACAGAUCAACGUUUAGCUAAUCAACAUGCGAGCUUUCCCGAGUCAGGAGAUGGAGUAAUUUGUCGACUCUAAUCUUUUUUUUGUUUUUUGCUUUUUUUUGGCUAACAUUAAGCAGGCGUGCAUCGUCUCCUGCGAGAUCUGGCUAUGAGAUGUUAUGGCACUUUUCUGUGACUUGUUAGUAAAACCUGAUGUACUCUGACCUACAAUAUACGUGUAGGAUGAAAUUCAGUGUUACUGUUAUUGUUAUUUACUGCUUAUUUUCCCAACUAAACCCUGUCUAUGUGUUAGAUGAGUGUAGGGAGAGCAAUGUUCACAAAAACGUGCUUACGUAGCCGAAUCAAAUGGCCACAUUUCAUUGCAAUCUGAUGUAAUCCGUGUUGUGAAGUGAUAAAUACUAAAUUAUAAUCUAACAAUUAAAACUCUUAAAGAGUACUGGCAGAGAUACAUUUUUGGCGCAUCAGACGUGGCCACUAAAAGGAGCCCUUAGUGUUGAAUUAUAUUAUAACAGAGUGAUUUAUUUUUGUUAAAACAGUAAAGUGUAGCAGCUAAUUAAAACUGGGGAAGCGCAGCAUAAAACCCCUGAAAAAAGGCUUUGACUCUGUGUACACUUUUGGCUAUUGUGUGUCAUAACUCUACCAUAGUAGAUCUGGAAGAAAAAAAUCAUGAUCCGAGUAUAAACUGCUUAAAGGAAUAGGUUGGAAUUAUCUUUAUUUGCGUUCUCGUUGAGAGCUGAAUAAGAAAAUUGGUACCACUCAAAUAUCUUGACUAUUUCUUAACCUGCACACCAUAGUGACCAGAAAUUGUAAUUUUUUUGUACGAAUUUAAGAUAUUUUACUUGUGAUUUUUGCGGCGAAUUUCAUCUGUACACUCACUGGCCACUUCAUUAGCUACACCAGUAAAUUGGUCAUUCAUGCAAAGAGCUAAUCAGCCCAUCACAUGGCAUGUAGACAUGGUCAAGACAACAUGCUCAAGUUCAAACUGAGCAUCACAAAGCUGAUUUGAGUGACUUUGAACAUGGUAUGGUUUUUGGAUUCAGACGGACUGGUCAUAGUAUUUCAGUCUGAAAAAGAAUAUAACAUAAAAAUAUCAAGUGAGCAGCAAUUCGAGCAGAUAGCACUCAAAUAAGCACUCGCUGCUAACAAGGUGUGCAGAAGAGCAUCUCUUAACAUAUUAGCAGCAGAAGACCACACUGGGUGGCACUCCUGUCAGCUAGGAACAGGAAACUGUGGAUACACGGGCUCACCUUUGCCAUUUGGAUAGCAGGGAAGAAUUAGGGAUAAGGAACAUGAAAGCAUGGAUCCAUUCUACCUUUGGUGCUGGUGAUGUAAUGGGAUGGUGGAUAUUUUCUUGGCACACUUUGGGCUCCUUAGUAGGAACUGAGCAUCAUUUAAACACCACACCCUACCUGAGUAUUGCUUCUAAGCAUGUCCAUUGCUUCCAGCAGAAUAACAUGCUGAUUCGAAUGAUCUCAGACUCGUUUCUUGAAUGUGACAUUGAGUUUACUGUAGUCAAAUCCACAGUCACCAUAUCUUAACAGAGGUCCAAUAGAGCACGUUUGGGGUGUGGUGCAACAGGAGACUCAUGUCAUGGAUGUAGAGCGAACAAAUCUCCAGCAACUGUGUGAUGCUGUCAUGUCAAUGUUGAAUCUGUGCCAUGAAGAAUUAAGGCGGUUCUGAAGGCAAAUGGGGUCCAACAACAACUAGCAAGGUGUAACUAAAGAAGUGGCUCGUUAAAGUAUUUGCACAGAAAAUGCAGAAUCUGUAGGCAAGUGACGAGGCUUUCGGUACCAGAAUCAUUCUGGUUUUCUUCCAGUAGUCACCAAUUCCCAAGAAAGAAAGCAUAUGCCAAAAUGCAGUUUCAGAACCUUCGUCUUUUAUCAUUUAGUCAGCCUUUAGGAAGCCGUCGCCUAGAUGUGCUGGAAGCGUCAAAAUACUGUCAGUUUUCCCCAAAGGUUAAGUUAGCAGACUAGUUGUUGGUUUUCCUGACUGGGAGAGUGUCACUAUCCUCGGUUUAUAUCAAAUCAAUUUAAGAGUGGUGCCAAUCACUUCAUGUAACUCCUAUUUGAAAAUUAAAAUAAGAACUCUUGUUUGACACUUCAGUCGAUUUUGUAUUCGUAUCGGUCUCUGAAUACGCACUAAUACAUCAUUCUGCUCCCGCUCACUUUAUCUACUUAUAGCCUAAUUGUAGUGUGGCAUUAACCUGUAAAUAUUGUUAAGAUGUGCUUCUUCCUUGUGAUUUAUUCCUCAUGUUUACAUUCGGAGAGUCAGUUGAAUGUGCCCCAAAAUGUGUCCUGGCUGGUACUACGGAAAGUUGGAAUUUGUGGACAUGCUUUUGUAAAUGUAAUAAGCUGUUUUAUAUAAAAAAAAAAAUUAAGCACCUUCAUGUAGUCUUAUGUCUAAGCUCACCCCCUAUGUAUUUCUUCAAUUUCCACGGUUAAACCGUUAGGGCCACGUCAGACGUAAUUUAAUAAUGGUACACUUUGUGUUUUUCUUCAUGUGUCCGAUACCUGUUUUGUAUUUUGGUUUGCUGCUUUUGUACAGAGUCCUGUUUGAGACUGCCCUUUAAAUGAUUUAAAAGUGUAGAGCUCUUGAAUUUAAUGUAACUGAACAAUAUUCUGGCUGUGAUUACAGUGAACUCCAGGAUUGGAAGUGAGCUAGAAAUGAGACAUUUGGAGCACUGUGAGGAGGUAAUGGCCAACACUGUCAAAGUCAAAUUAAACUUUAUUGUCAUUCGUGACCAUACAGUGAAUAAAACUCCUUGAUUAAUGUGUAGACGAAUCUAAAGACAGUGCAUAUGUCUAUAAAAAUGCAGAAUAUGUAUUUAGCCCUAUGUAAACAAUAACAACAAGAA